AGUCUGUACGUGCUCGAGGACUUCCUUCACUGUGGAUCGUUCACAGAGGUCAGCGGUCAGAAGGUCAGAGGUCAGGUGUUUUUCUCUGCUGGAUUCUGUCGGGGAACCCUGAAGAACCUGCUGUGGUUCCACUGCACAGGACCAGGACCAGGACCAGGACCAGGACCAGGACCUGAAGCUGCUGCUGGUUCUUGUUCUUGUUGUUGCUGAGUGAGCAGAGAUGAAGCUGGAGGUGAAGAUUCAGGCUCUGAGGUUCUGCUCUACAGUCUUUAACUGCAUCUUCCUGGCUCUGGGUGUGAGUGUAGCUGGCUGUGCAGUUUGGAUCCUGUUUGACAGGGGAAGCUUCCUGACCGUCGUCUCCUCAGUGGAGCUGAAGACAGUGGGGGCGGGGCUGUUGGUGAUUGGUGGAGUGGUGAUGGUGGUCAGUGUUGUGGGAUGUUUAGGAGCUCACAGUGAGAACAGAUUCCUGCUGCUGAUGUACAUGGGCCUCCUCAUCGUGCUGGUCCUGGGUCAGCUCUUCAUCACACUGCUGCUGCUCAUUAACAGGCGGAAGAUCAAGGAGAGUCUGGACGAAGCGGUGGAUCAGAUCAUCGUUGGGUACGGACACAGAGACAGAUGGGACGGACUGAUGGAGAACGUGCAGCACUACGGGCAGUGUUGUGGUAGGACGGGCCCAGAGGAUUGGCUGAAGAACUCUAUUAUCAAGAGUCACAACUGGACAGAUGUACUUCCUUGUUCCUGUUUUAACUCCAGUCGUCCCAGCUUCAACUCGUCCUGGUGCUCCGAAAAGUCCACUGAGCCGCUGAUUGGACGAGGAAAUGGCUCAUAUGAUCAGGGCUGCAAACAGAAGCUCAGUGAUUGGCUGCAGGAGAACGCUCUGACCAUCGUCGGCAUGGACGUCGGCCUCGUGUUCAUCCAGGUGGUUCAGUUUGUCCUCGCCGUCUACCUGUAUCGAGCGUUUGGCCAAAAAGCUGCUUUGAAAAGAACCAACCUGGUCGAUCAUGACCACGCCCACCUAGACCCCGCCCACACAUACCACGCCCAUCUAGACCCCGCCCACCUAGACCACGCCCCCGGCAGCGACUACGGAACGCAGAACUUCGCCUACACCGAUCCUGAUGAUGGUUAUAUAGACCCCGCCCAGCCAGCACUUUACCAUGACGACCCAAACUACGGAGACACCGCCCACUUAUCACCAUGACAACCAGAUGUAGCUGGAAACAGCACAGAGCUGGAGGCUCCAAACUAAACUGGUUAUGUUGAUAUUUGUGGACCACAGCAGUUGUAUAUUAAAUAUUAUAUAAUAAUAUUAUAAUUAUAAUAUAAUAAUUAUGUUAAAAAUCAAUAAUUUGAUCAAAUAAACAGUUUGUCUUGAGUUUCUCUCUGAACAGGACGGAGAAGCUUCUGGAAUAAACAAACAUAUUGUUUAUAUUUGUGGACUCUUAUUAAAGGUCGAAGGUCGUGUGUGUUAGCACAAUGCUACUGAAACAAACGCACAGUUAGCAUUUAUUAUUAGUUGUAUGAUCUAUUUUUUGUCUCUGAUUUAAUUUAAUUUAAUGAAAUCUAUGUGCAGAAGUGUCGUUCAGUUCUGAUUUGUCAAUAAAGUUGUUAAAUAAA